AUGGAAGUACCUUCUCAUCUGUACCUUGGCAAUCGGAAAAAAGGACAACGUACUCAAUCAAUUGGCUCAGCACAAGAUAUGCUUGUUCCAGACAAAAUUGUGGUUGGAGAAGGUGGCAGAUUGAUGGCACACACGAAAGACCCGCUUGAAGUCGUCAAGGAUAAGCUGGUGGUGGCCGAUUCAACUGUAAGUUGAGUUUUUAGUUUUUAAUUGUAGUUUUGGCUAAACUUGAUGUUUUAGAGCGUCUUUAGUAAACAAUAUAUUGUUUUUGGUCCUUUAAAUGUCGAUCACAAGAUUUAUUUAGGAAAGAGUUUCGCCUAUGCCAGAUCGUUUAACUGCGAAUGAAUAUCCACCACAAACAAAAAGAGCCUACAAGCGAGCUUAUCCAGUAGUUUUUGAAUCUCAAGAGAGUUUACAUGCCGCUGAAGUAAGUUUACUUGAAAAGAUUUCUUUUAAAACGUUUUUUAUUCAAUACUUUGUUGUAUAUGUCAUUAUUUUUUGUCAUUUUUAGUCCAUUACAAACUUAAAUAACUCUCUGGCAGUUGAUAUGGAUCCUCUACGAGAACUGAAGAACGUACGAAGGCAUUUAGGACGUCUGGCUACACGGGUACUUGAGUUAGAAGACGAAAAUCAGCGACGGACAGUUCGAGAGUAUGGAUUGUGGUCUUUUGUGACAGCCGGCUUCAUUAUUUUAGCAUUUAUGAUCAGAAAGAAGUGA